AUGACAUUUACAUACCCUUCACAGUUCCAUGCGGAGGAGCAUGUGAACGUUAUGCAUACUUUGUUAAAGGAAGCAACCAACGUGUCAUGCCUUGUGGAGGAUCAUGUGGACCAAACUCCCGAUGUGACCGCACGACCAACCAGUGUGUUUGUAACACAGGAUACUUUUCAUUCCAUGGAACAUGUGUUGUACCAUGCGGAGGACGUUGUGGACCUAAUGCACAAUGCGACAAAGUCAAAAACCAGUGUGUCUGUAACACAGGAUACUUUCUGUUCCAAGGAUCGUGUACCCUGCCUUGUGGAGGAUCGUGUGGACCAAACUCCCGAUGUGACCGCACAACCAACCAGUGUAUUUGUAACACAGGAUACUUUUCAUACCACGGAACAUGUGUUGUGCCAUGCGGAGGACGUUGUGGACCCAACGCACAAUGCGACAAAGUCAGAAACCAGUGUGUCUGUAACACUGGAUACUCUCUGUACCAUGGAUUAUGUACCCUGCCUUGUGGAGGAUCGUGUGGACCAAACUCCCGAUGUGACCGCACAACCAACCAGUGUGUUUGUAACACAGGAUACUUUUCAUACCACGGAACAUGUGUUGUUCCAUGCGGAGGACGUUGUAAACCCAACGCAUAUUGCGACAAAGUCAGAAACCAAUGUGUCUGUAACACAGGCUACUCUUUGUACCAAGGAUCGUGUACCCUGCCUUGUGGAGGAUCAUGUGGACCAAACUCCCGAUGUGACCGCACGACCAACCAGUGUGUUUGUAACACAGGAUACUUUUCAUUCCAUGGAACAUGUGUUGUACCAUGCGGAGGACGUUGUGGACCUAAUGCACAAUGCGACAAAGUCAAAAACCAGUGUGUCUGUAACACAGGAUACUUUCUGUUCCAAGGAUCGUGUACCCUGCCUUGUGGAGGAUCGUGUGGACCAAACUCCCGAUGUGACCGCACAACCAACCAGUGUAUUUGUAACACAGGAUACUUUUCAUACCACGGAACAUGUGUUGUGCCAUGCGGAGGACGUUGUGGACCCAACGCACAAUGCGACAAAGUCAGAAACCAGUGUGUCUGUAACACCGGAUACUCUCUGUACCAUGGAUUAUGUACCCUGCCUUGUGGAGGAUCGUGUGGACCAAACUCCCGAUGUGACCGCACAACCAACCAGUGUGUUUGUAACACAGGAUACUUUUCAUACAACGGAAUAUGUGUUGUUCCAUGCGGAGGACGUUGUAAACCCAACGCAUAUUGCGACAAAGUCAGAAACCAAUGUGUCUGUAACACAGGCUACUCUUUGUACCAAGGAUCGUGUACCCUGCCUUGUGGAGGAUCAUGUGGACCAAACUCCCGUUGUGACCGCACAACCAACCAGUGUAUUUGUAACACAGGAUACUUUUCAUUCCACGGAACAUGUGUUGUACCAUGCGGAGGACGUUGUGGACCUAAUGCACAAUGCGACAAAGUCAAAAACCAGUGUGUCUGUAACACAGGAUACUUUCUGUUCCAAGGAUCGUGUACCCUGCCUUGUGGAGGAUCGUGUGGACCAAACUCCCGAUGUGAACGCACAACCAACCAGUGUAUUUGUAACACAGGAUACUUUUCAUACCACGGAACAUGUGUUGUGCCAUGCGGAGGACGUUGUGGACCCAACGCACAAUGCGACAAAGUCAGAAACCAGUGUGUCUGUAACCCCGGAUACUCUCUGUACCAUGGAUUAUGUACCCUGCCUUGUGGAGGAUCGUGUGGACCAAACUCCCGAUGUGACCGCACAACCAACCAGUGUGUUUGUAACACAGGAUUCUUUUCAUACCACGGAUCAUGUGUUGUGCCAUGCGGAGGACGUUGUGGACCUAAUGCACAAUGCGACAAAGUCAGAAACCAGUGUGUCUGUAACACUGGAUACUCUCUGUACCAAGGAUCGUGUACCCUUCCAUGCGGAGGGCCAUGUGGGUAUAACGCCUACUGUGAUAAAGUCAGGAACCAAUGUGUCUGUAACACAGGAUACGUCUUGUUCCAUGGAAGAUGUACUCUACCAUGCGGAGGACGCUGUGGCCAAAAUGAACAAUGUGAUUCCGUAUCCAACCAGUGCGUAUUGCCCUGUGGAGGCCCAUGUGGACCACACUCGUACUGUAACCAAGGGACCAACCAGUGUGUCUGUAACACAGGAUACUUCAAAUACCACGGAUCGUGCGCCCUUCCGUGUGAUGGACGAUGCGGUUCAUUCCCACACUCCCAUUGUGAUCACAGCACAAACAGGUGCGCGUGUGACGUUGGAUGGCAGGGUAAUCCAUACGGAAGUCCUGGAUGUGUAUGUGACCAUAGCGGCGGCGGCAGUGGACAUUAUUAAACCUCAACUGACCAUUUAUGACCUAUCGACCAAUUGUACCUUAGUAUAA